GACGCCGACGAGCCUCUUAUUCGACGUGUGACAGCGUGAGUUGAGCUCCUUCGGAGCCGCUGUGAGUCCGGAUAAAUCUGUCUGAAAGGACAAACACGGAACAUUUCCCGCUGACUCAAUAUUCACAUAAAUAUUUAUAUAUUUAUCCGCCGAACUACAAACAGCCAGUUAGCUUAUCAUGCUAGCUGGUUAGCAUCGCGGCUCGUCUGAGACAAACUGAGAGGAAGUGAAGAAAAAGUUGGUGUCACUGUGUGAAAAAUGUCUAAAGUCCAAACGGUGAGAGCGCUGGUGGAGCAGCGACUGACUGCGGCUGCUGAAGAGAUAUUUGGGCUGUUUGAAAGAACGAUAGCAGAGUACGAGGAGCAACUUUGUCGUUCAAAAGAGAAGAACGAGCGACAACAGAAACUACUGGACGCUGUUUUCAAGCCUCAGCUUCAGUUACACAGAGCAGACGUUCAGCAACUGUCGGUGGGUGAAGAAGAGUUUCCCUCUGAGCAGCAGGAGAGGAGCUGCAGUCUGGACCAGGACCAGGACCAGGAGGAGCCAGAGCCCCCACACAUUAAAGAGGAACAGGAGGAACCUUGGACCAGUCAGGAGGGAGAGCAGCUUCAGGGGCUGGAGGAGGCUGAUAUCAUCAAGUUCACAUUCACUCCUGUCCCUGUGAAGAGUGAAGAAGAUGAAGAGAAACCUCAGUCCUCACAGCUUCAUCAAACACAAACUGAACUGAUGGAAACAGAAGCUGAUGGAGAGGACUGUGGAGGACCAGAACCAGACAGGAACUCUGAUCCAGAUCCACAUUUACAACCUGAUACUGAGGACGAGUCUGCAGACUCUUCUGAACCUGAGACUGAUGACAGUGGUGAUUGGAAGGAGAACAGAGAACCUCAGUCAGGUUUGAACUGUUUGAAAAAAGAUGGCGGCCCUGUCAGAGAUUCCAGAUUUAGUGCUGGUGGGAAACGAUUUAGCUGCUCUGAGUGUGGGAAAAAAUUUGUCUACAACCGCGAUCUGAAGAGACACAUGAGACUCCACACAGGAGAGAAACCUUUCAGCUGCUCAGUUUGUAAGAAAACUUUUACACAGAGUGGAACUUUAAAUGUACACAUGAGAGUCCACACAGGAGAGAAACCUUUCAGCUGCUCAAUUUGUAAGAAAACUUUUACACAGAGUGGAACUUUGAAGGCACACAUGAGACUCCACACAGGAGAAAAACUUUUCAGCUGCCCAGUGUGCUCAAAAUAUUUUGCACAAAGUGGAUAUUUAAAGAAACACAUGGGAGUCCACACUUGAGAGAAACCUUUCAUAAAUGUGCUGGCCGUUCAUCCUCAAAGUUUCAUCAAACUGAGGAAAACAAAGAGGCAGAGCCUCCAGCCAGCAGCCCACAUGAAGAGAUGCUAACAGAAGCUGAUAGAGAGGACUGUGGAAGACCAGAAGCAGCCAGGAACUCGGAUCAAGAUGGUCCAGAGACUGAUGAGGAUACUGGAGAUUCUCCUGAACCUGAGACUGAUGACAGUGGUGAUUGGAAGUAAACUAGCAGAACUCAGUCUGCUGUAAAUUCAGUGAAAAGGUCCUCAUCACAGUUGUUGUUUCUUAGUUUCAGGGUUUCUGUUUAAUCAGCCUCUUAAUGACCUGUUGGCAUGUUCAUUUCAGGUUUAAGUCUGUUCUGUGUCCUCUGUUAGCACAUUCUGGUGCUUUGUUUUUCAAUGGUUCUAUACAAAUACUUUUACUCUGUGUCAGAUAGUGUCCAUUCUUUAGUUUGCUGUCCAGGUUAGGCUGAAAUAUUGUCUUUUUAACUUCUGUCUCGUGAUGGUUUACCAGGAGUUGAACAGUUCAGCUAUUUUUUCUAUAUUUUUUUUUUUUUUUUACCAAAACUGCAGUUCAACAUUUAAAUUUGACCUUAGUUUCAGUGUUUUUGUUUAAUCAACCUCUUAAUGUCCUGUUGACAUGUCAAUUUCAGGUUCAAAUCUGCUCUAUGUCCUCUGUUAGCAUGUUCUGGUGCUUUGUUUUUCAAUGGUUCUAUGCAAAUAAAUGUUCUUUGUGUCA